AUGACCCUACAUGGAUUUUCGAGCAAAGUUGUGAGUAGGGAGUUCCCCCUCACACUAAAGGGAGGGGCAAGAGCAUGGUUCGGGUCUCUACUGCCCGGGACCAUCAUCGACUUCACCAAGCUAGCUCGUUUCUUCUUGACACAGGUCAUGGCAAGCCGGAAAAGGAGGCGGCCUGCUACCUACCUCCUAACGGUAAAGCAAAGGGACGAUGAAAGCCUAAAGUUAUACCUAUCUCGGUUCAAUAGAGAGCGCAUGAUGAUAGAUGACCAGGAUGAGAAAAUCACCCUGGCAGCACUGUUGGGGGGAAUCCGGCCUUACAACCCCUUCAUGAUAGAGAUUGCACGAAGGACUCCGUAUCCAUUGAGGGAGUUCAUGGACCGCGCUGACGGAUUUAUAAAUGCUGAAGACAUGCUCCGAGCACUGAUAGCCCCUCGGCGAACUGAACAGGAAAAAGCAAAUAAGAAGGCAGUUGGCCAGAGUAGCGAGGCGAGUUGGGAAAGCAAUAAGAAGAAGGUGCAUGAAACAAAGCGCAAGGAGAAGCAGCCCACGCGUGGGAGGGGCGGACCGCACAUCCACUCCAACCUGGCAGUGGAAACAGAAAAAGAUCCAACCUUGUAG